AAAACCCCUCCCAAAACCAUAACCCCCAGUUCUCCUGGAUUCAGCCAUUGCUGUCGUGUUGUUCAUCCAAGAGGAAUUGCGGGAGAGAGUUCGAUAAAUGGCUCUGUUGCGAGCAAUAUUGCAGACAAGAACUCUGCAAGCGAAUCCGGCACCUGGGUUCUCCAGAUUCUACUCUCACUCCUCCCCUUAUCUCGUGAAAGUGGGGAUUCCGGAGUUCUUGAAUGGAAUAGGGAAAGGUGUUGAGAACCAUGCGGCCAAGCUUGAAAAUGAGAUCGGAGACUUUCAGAAACUCCUCGUUACUAGGACAUUGAAGCUUAAGAAGCUUGGAAUCCCUUGUCAACAUAGGAAGCUGAUAUUGAACUACGCCCAAAAGUAUAGGCUCGGACUCUGGCGACCCAGAGCAGAACCUAUGAAAGCGAAAUGAACCUCUGAAGCACGAUAUCUCGAGCAGUAGCAACAUUUGUUUGUUCCGUUGUUGGCUGACCGAAGAGAGAUCUUAGUAUAUUGAUCUGUAUGAGCUGUCAGAUUUCUCAGUUAUUGCCCUACCUCAUGGUUUGUAUUAUUUGGCAAUGUAGUUAAGGAUGCAGAACUGAAGUGUGGCAAAAACAUUGUUAUUACACACGAGAGAAAGAUCACUUCACAAAAA